AUGACGUUCGUCCAAAGGAAUGAUGCGACCGGAGUUGCAAGUCUUUCUGGUAUCCAAAAGAUGACAGCAGCUCUAAGGAUGAUGGCAUACGGGACGCCUGCUAAUAGUCUUGAUGAGUAUCUCAAGAUUGGGGAAAGUACAGCAGUUGACUCUCUUCAAAGCUUCUGUAGAGGCGUUAUCUCCAUUUUUGAAGCAGAAUACCUGAGAAAACCAAAUGAAGCAGAUACUGCAAGGCUCCUACAUGUGGGCAAUCAACGUGGUUUUCCUGGAAUGCUAGGUAGCUUGAAAUGUAUGCAUUGGCAGUGGGACAAAUGUCCAACUGCUUACCAUGGCUUCUUCAGCGGCCACAUCAGAAAACCCACUAUCAUACUUGAAGCAGUUGCAUCGUAUGAUUUGUGGAUUUGGCAUGCUUUCUUUGGCAUGCCUGGGUCAUUCAACGAUAUCAACGUGCUUGAUCAAUCUCAUCUCUUUAAUGAUCUCAGUGCCGGCCCUUUGAGCCCAUUUUGUUGUUAA